UUCGGUGAGGUGGCUGAGCGCAGCUGCGAGCUCCCGCGCUGACCCGGCUGCAGGGAGGACGCUGCCGGCAGCCCACACUGGCUGAGGCGAGCGGCGCGGCCCGCGGUGGUUACGAGAGCAAGAGCCGCGCUUCUUGCUGUCCUACAGAGAUAAAGACGAGGACCCGCGCACCCGCUCGCCUCCUUCCUGCCGCGCCGCCGCGCCCGCAACAUGGCUGCCGACCGCCGCCUCCCCUCACAGCCCGCGCCCGCGCUGCCCCGCCCCGCCCGCCUGCGUGGGGACGUCACCUCCGGGGCUAUAAAAGCGGGGCGAGCCGCAUGCUCCACCUCUUCUGCGGGAGCGAGCGGGGCAGCAUGGCGCCGCAAAAGGACAGAAAAUCUAAAAAGUCGACCUGGAAGUUUUACCUUGACUUGACCCAUCCUGUGGAAGAUGGAAUCUUCGAUUCUGGGAAUUUUGAACAGUUCCUAAAGGAGAAGGUUAAGGUCAAUGGAAAAACUGGAAACUUGGGCAACACUGUUCAUAUUGAACGCCUGAAGAACAAGAUCACAGUGACAUCCGAGAAGCAGUUUUCUAAAAGGUACUUAAAAUACCUCACCAAGAAGUACCUCAAGAAGAACAAUCUGCGUGACUGGCUUCGUGUUGUUGCAUCUGACAAGGAGACGUAUGAACUACGCUACUUCCAAAUCAGCCAAGAUGACGAAGGAUCAGAGUCUGAGGAAUAAUUGAAGUUUAGCUUUGUACUACAUGCAGUGUACAAAAGACAAGAACAUCUAUUUAUAAGAACACUUAACUUAUUGGUGAAUAAAGAUUUUGUACCCUGUUUGACAGAGCAUGGUUAUAGUUUUCUAGCCCUUUUUUUUAAGUUCUAAUUAAAAACCAGCAUGGAGAAUCA